CUUUAAUCUGUGGUAUAAAAGUUCAUGUGGAAAGUGGAAACUAGAAACUGGAAGUGGAAACACAUUUCAUAGCCAGAAAAACAGCAAAAUUUUUGUUUUGUUUUGUUACAAAAUUAAAGUGGUUACACAAUAGAUACCUAGAAAAACAGUUUAAACUUUUUGCGAUUUUUGUACGCUAUUUGUUUUUUAAACAAAUGAAUUCUGAAGGAAACAGUUCCCAUACCUACUAAAUUUUACAACAACAACAAUAAAAAUGUAUUUAGGGGACGAAUUUCCAAACUUCACAGCGAAUACCACGGCAGGAAAGAUUGAUUUCCACGAAUGGAUAGGACAAUCAUGGGCUAUCCUGUUUUCUCAUCCUUCGGACUUUACCCCUGUUUGCACAACAGAGCUGGCUCGUGUUGUCAAGUUAAUGCCAGAGUUUAAAAAGCGCAAUGUAAAAGUCAUUGGAAUAUCUUGUGAUUCUCUUACUUCACAUUUCUUGUGGUGCAGGGACAUCAGAAGUUAUGCGGGCUGCACACUAGACGAAUCAUUUCCAUAUCCAAUUAUUGAAGAUGAGGAUCGCAUAAUUGCCAAAACAUUGAACAUGUUAGAUAAGGAUGAGAUGGAUUCCAAAGGAAUGCCCUUAAGUGCCAGAGCUGUAUUCAUCAUAGAUCCGCGUAAGAAAUACAGACUGUCUAUUCUGUAUCCUGCUUCCACUGGAAGAAAUUUUGAUGAAAUACUUCGUGUGAUAGACUCGUUGCAACUGACUGACAAGCAUCGAGUAGCCACCCCCGUUGACUGGAAGAUGGGUGAUGAUUGUAUGGUGCUCCCAACGGUAUCAGACGACGAACUGAAGAAAUCUUUCCCUCAAGUAAAGGUUGUGCAAGUUCCAUCCGGAAAACAAUAUCUGCGCAAGACGCCAUGUCCAAAAAUUUAACAAUUUUUUUUUAAUUUAUGAUUAAUUGAACUUUAAGGUUCCUGUAAAUCAAUGAAAAUUAUAAUGAUAAGCAAUUUUAUUUUAGUAAUAAAAAUAAAUUCAAUA